AUUAGCUGCUGAGAAUAAUAAUUAUUCUGCAAUGUAUAAUUUGGGAAUCACUUUGAUAUUGAAUGGAAAUGACGAUGAAAGAAGUGAAGGGGAGAAAUGGUUGAUUAAAGCAGCCAAAAAUAAACAUCAAAAAGCUAUAGAUUAUUGCAGAGAACAUCAUAUUGUUUUUUUUUAA